UUUUGGAAGCUAACUUUUACACAGACUUAAUAUACAGAAAGAUGAGAUCUCUAACAAAGACUAAAGCAGACCUUGGUUCUGUUCCCUCCUGACUGCCAGUGACAGUAAACUAAAUGGAAAUGUCGACUCCAGCUCAGCGCAGGUCGAGACUUUGGGCUUGUUUUCCCUGUAAACUCGCCUGGAAAUGUUGUUAGUCGCGGUUGCGGGGUUUUGGGCUUGUUUUCUUAAGUGUAGUUGAUUAUUUGGGCUUGUCCAGCUUCACUUAUAAAGCCCUCCUUAUCUUUCUCAACUGUCUAUGAUAGGGCAAUGACCCCAGGAUGCGAAACGUGAACCAGUCCUUUCAGGAACCAGUGUGCACAACCCCGUUUCUGGUUACUGCGCCCUCCCGAAUGCCCCUACCUACACACACGCACACACAACUUAACCUGACAGAGUGACAACACCGUCUGAAAAUAAUAAUUGAAUGAGAAACCUUUAUUAGAGUGGGGAAAUUGCUUUGUUGCAACAGAUCAGGUACAGUAAGCAGAAGCAUGCAGGUGAUAUAAAAAAAAGAACACAAUAAGUAUUUGGUUUGACAGGGUGAGUAUGUGCAGUAUAUAAACAUGCACAUAAACACGUAUAUUAAUAUUUAAAUACAGUUUAUAUGUGGGAGGGAGGAAGAUGAAUAUUUCUACUCUUUGCUCGCAGGUUCGAAGGAGGUACACACACGCGGUUUGCUGACUGCUUGUCAUCCUACCUGUAACUGUUUGGUUAGAACGCAAUUCUUUGGGUGAUACUUCAAAUUUUGGUGUCAAAACAAAAGCAAAACUUACUUUUCGUUGGCUCUUAAUUCGAAUUGGUUGGCUUUUUGCCCCCAAAGCCCUCUGCAAGAAAAAUGUUGAUAUCAUGUUACUGGUUUUGAUUGAUACUGAUACUAGCCUUGGUAUUGAUACUGUUGAUACCAAGGCUACAGCCUGACAAGGAAGAGACAGAGCUGGGUGAUACCAGUGAUGCAGCCCUUCAUUACUUUGGUCUGGUGUCCACUCUUGUGGUCACGAGGUGCCAGGUUUGGCUGGCGCAGGCUCCCGUGUCAGAUAAUAGCAGGAAUUCCCUACAGAGCCUCCCAGUGGCUCCUGACCAGCUAUUAGGGCCAGAGGCAGAGAGAGCCCUGGAACGCCAGAAACAGUCCACCCAAGCUCUGGAGGCAUGGGGUGGUAUAAGCAGGAGCACAGGACCCCCAGCUCCCUGUUCCAGGAAGUGCAGUGCGCGAGAAUUUGCUACAAGGGUUGACCCCACUGCCACAGUCCAGGGGGAGAGCCGUCUCCACCUAGCCAGCCCCAGCAGGAUAGGCAUAGGCUCAUUGCCCCUCCAAGCCCCAAAAUAAACAUAGGUGCCCGACUGAGGGUUCCGGACCGGCUGGAGGCAGACUUUCAUUGCAACAGCUGGACUACUGGAUGCUACACUAGACAGAUGUGUGGGUUUUGCAAACUGUGUCCCAGGGUUACAGGUUGCAGUUCCUCUGCUUCCUCACCGGCUCCAGGGGUCAGACUGACUUCAGUCACAGAAAGCUAGUGGGAUCUGCCACUGCAGGCCUUAUGUGAACUGCCAUUCAAACCAAUGGCACAGGUGCCCCUGAAAAAGGUGUAGCUGAAGACAGCCUUCCUUCCAUGACCACCACCAAAAGGGUUAGUUGAUGCAUGUGUUGAAAGGCGGAUGGCUCAGGGGUGAUCUGCCCCCAUUUCGGUCUAGAGAGAAGGAGAAGGCUAACUUGAGUCCCGCCCAGGCCUCACAGCUGUACAUUUCAGCUUCAGUGGUUCUCAGGCACACAAAGCAGCUGUUUGUGAGCUAUUCAGGCAGGAACAGGGGGCUUGGACUGUCCAAACACAGGCUUUUCCACUGUGUUGCUGAGGCAAUCAUAUGUGCCUAUAACACUGCAUGUUCACCUCCCCCCUCUGGUGUAGUCUGCCACCCCACUAGGGGCAUGGCCAUGUCAUGGGCUGCAAUGGCUAGCAUGCCUCCGAAGGACAUAAGUGCUGCGGCCUCCUAGGCAGCACCUUUUACCUUUUCCAGGUUUUAAUGGCUGGAUGUGGCCUUAGAGUCGAGUCGAUGCUGGUAUCAGCCAUCCUGCCACUGGGCUCCUCCCGCUGACAACUAGAUCAAGCCAUGCCACAUCCGUUUGUCUACAGCCACCACGACUUCGUUACAGAUGUGAGUCGGAGAAGUGAAAACUAUCCCACGGUGGCACCUCCAUCUACGAAGUUUGACACCACCAUUCAAGCCGGCUGGAAGGACAGGAUGGACAGGGGACUCUUUCGCUAUCAUCUGGGUGAUUUAGAAACGCGCAUCCUGCCAGGUCCACAUUGUUAUGUGGCUCAACUGAACAUUCAGCGAGGAAUAGAGAGAAGAAAGCCUCAGGAGAUACUGAGCAUUCAACAGGAGUUUAAUGCCAGCCAGUUUAACUUUAAUAAAAUCAAUCCAGAUGAAAUUAUAUUUGAGUUGAUAAGAAGCACAGAGGGAGACACAGCUUCAACUAAUGAAGGACGGUUGUCUCAAUCUUGCAGGAUGAUUGUAUUAAUCAAUGUCAGCCCAUUGGAGUUUGGACAUUGUCUCUUUGUACCAGAUCCCUUGCAAUGUUUUCCCCAGAUCCUGACAAGGUCUGCAGUCCAGUUCGGUAUCGAGUCCGUGCUCUUAAGCUCUGACCCUGGUUUUCGUGUUGGGUUCAACAGCCUUGGAGCGUUUGCAUCUGUCAAUCACUUGCAUCUUCAUGGAUAUUACUUAGACCAUGAGCUUAAGAUAGAAUCCAUGCCAGUCACACCUCUGGUGCCCAAAAAAGGAUUUUAUCAUAUGCAAGACGUCCCUGCAGGAUUUCUAUUUUACACAGAAUCUGAGGAUGUGGAGAAAGUGGCAAGAACUGUUUGUCAAGUCACAGACUUUCUUGUGGACAAUAAUAUUGCUCACAAUAUGUUUUUGACUAGAGGAUGUCCACCGUGUGGUUGCAUACAGACCAGAAAAGAUUGCUAUUUAAGAAAUGGAGUACGCAUCGCUAUAUGGCCCAGAAUGGCUUGCUUUGGAGCCAAAGAGGAAUCCGCCUUCAAUGUUGCUCUUUGUGAGCUGGCUGGGCAUUUACCAUUUAAAAACAAGAAGGACUACGAGUCCGCAACUGAGACAGAUGUCAUUGAUAUAGUACAGAAGUAUCUUCUACCUGACGAUGCAUUUGACAGGCUGGAGCAGCAGGUCUCUAGUCAUUUAUUAGCAUUAUGAUGCAUUGUAGAACCACUAAAGCCAUGCUGAAUCUUGUGCAUAAGAUGGAAACCACCUACAAUACGAGUCAUACGUUUGGACACAACUAUUCAUUCUUUGAUGAGUGAAUAAACUUUAAUGGCUGUAUAUUUAAGUUUUUUGCAUCCUUUCAUUUUGGUGGUACAGAAUCUAACAAAGAGCAGAAGUUUAGUAAAAGAUUCUGUUAUUGUUACAGUAAAAUGGGUAAAUAGUUCUUCUAACAUAUCUCCAGAAUGCCAUCUUUAACUUAAUGCGGUUAUUUACUUCAGUACUUCUUUUUAAAUAACAGAAGGGAAACACAAGCCCAAAAUAUGAUCAACAUUCAAUGAGGAGUUGGAUCAUUUUAUGAAGUUCUGCACAUAUGCACUGCAUUCACACCUACGCAAGUAACCUGAAUAUGAAGGUUGAAUUUAUUCUGAUUUUCUAAAGCCUGGAAAAACUAGCCAGAGUACUCUUACUGUGGCAUGUAAACAGCUUAUCCAAGUACUGUAUGUGGGGACUUGAAUGUUCUGAAUUCUCAUGUUCCGUAAUUAUGAUUUUUGUAUUUGGAGGAUAAAAGAAAAGUUUUCUUUUGGUGGCUCUUCCAUGAAGUGUUUGCUGACCUUUGCCAUAUGUGUGAUAAACAGUUUUCUUAAUUUUUUGUUUUUUAGGUAUUUCAUGCCUCAACCUCAGCUGCUUCUUUUAACUGCCAUCUGUUUUAAUAGAUAGCUAACUGGGGAAACAGCAACUUGAAAAUACUUUGCUGUCCUCUUAUUUUGGUGCUUUACAUGAGUUCUUAUGAUGUGUUUAGAAGGGCUGAUGGGUGGUUUACAAAGGUUAAGUACACAUGAAGAUGGUUAUUUUUUAAAACUGGUUAUUUUUUACCUCAUCUGUAAAAGAAAAAAAAAAAAAAACAGCCAUCCACAUGAACAUGCAUGAAGUGUUUUUUGAUAAAA